AUGACGGUGAGCCCCUCCUCGACGGCACCGGCGGAAACAUUUGCGAGAAAACCUCAUGUUCACUAUGCCCUUGAUCUCAACACCGACUUGCCACCAACGGCUGCGAACAACAGGCUCUCCCCCCUCUCGCCGACGCCGGGCAUCGCGCGCUCCGACACUGAACUCUCCCGGAUAGGACUCAAGAGGCGCAAUACUCGCGUCAACACAUUCAAAACCAUCAAUGAAUUCGAAGAGCCUGGCUGGCACCCCGGUGCUGAGCCUGGUGUCGACACCUCCAAGCCCGAUGGCGGCCAUGCCUCCAUGUCCCAAUUGCAUGCCGAGUGCCAGAUUACCAUCGUCGACUUUUCCCAGGACCAACUCGCUAUACACGAACUGAAUAAUACGGAGAUGAUUGAGUUUCUGCAGCGGCCUCAGGAAGAGUGGGUUAAAUGCCGUUGGAUCAAUGUCAACGGGCUAAGCUGGGAUGUCAUCCAAGCCCUGGGCAAUUACAAGAACCUCCACCGCCUGGCCAUCGAGGAUAUCAUGAACACCAAGAAUCGGACAAAGGCUGACUGGUACUCGACACACGCCUUUAUGGUCAUGACCUGCCAGAAGCUAGUACGAAUGAUUGACCCGGACACCAGUGACGACGAAGAGGAAGACCAUGAUAUUCGUAGUACGAGAAGUCAUUCUUCUGUCAAAGGCCUCAGGAAGAGACUCCAGAGGUGGUGGGCUGGCAAGAGGAGGGAAAAGCAUGGCGUACCUGUACCUAGCGUGCUAGAAAAUGGAACACCACCCAAUUCUGGCCCUCCUCCUAUGCACCACCAAGCCACUGGUUUCUCCGACGUCUUCAACCCUAACACACUCUGCACCUUACAGAGAUACCGUGCCUCGAGCAACGAUGCCCGCACUGAUUACAUGGAGAGGCACAGUGCGCUUGCGCCACGAGGCUUGGCAGUGAUGGCUGAACAGGUCGCGAUGUUUGUCACUUCAGACAACACCGUCAUUGCCUUCUUCGAACAAUCAGCCGACGACGUGGAAAAGCCCAUACUGGCGCGACUCAGCAGCCCGGAUACCAUCUUGCGACAGUCAUGCGACGCUUCCAUGGUCGGUCAAGCAAUCAUCGAUGCUAUCAUCGACAUGGCCAUACCAGUGGCAGCUUGCUACGCGGACGUGGUGGGCGAUUUGGAGCUCGACGUUCUUACACAUCCCACCAUUAAACAUACCAAAUCCCUCUAUGUCAUCAUCUCGGAGAUAAGCAAAAUGUACAGCUUGGUCAAUCCCAUCGGAGCUCUCAUCAAUGCCUUGCGCGAUCAUAAAACGGAGUUGCCGCAAGAUAAAGCGACGAAGGAGCUGCAGAACACCUUGGAGGGAGUCAUUAUUACGCCCAUGACCUACACUUACCUGGGAGAUGUACUCGAUCACUGCGUUCUCAUCACUGAAAGCUUGAACCAGAUCAAGGAGUCGGCAAAUGGCAUGAUUGACCUAAUCUUCAACACCAUCUCGGCAUACCAAAACGAAAGUAUGAAGCAGCUUACUAUCGUCACCAUCGUUUUUCUUCCCCUCACAUUCAUCACGGGUUAUUUUGGACAAAACUUCGACCCUUUUCCUGAGCUGUACCGGGGCACGAUAUUCUUUUGGACCAUUGCUAUCCCCGUGGUUGGGGUCACGUUGCUGCUGCUUAUGCGCGACACCAUAGUCGAGUGGUUUGUGCGCUUAUAUCAGCGUCGCAAAAUCUUGCGUGUGCGGAAGAAAAGACAGGCGAAGACGGACCGGGCGAGGACUGCGAGGACCAAACAUAACAGGAUGCGAUUGUAA